AUUUUUACUGUGGCCUCCAUCAUUGAGGAGUCUCCCUGACAAGUUGAGCCAAGAUGGCAGAGGGGAAGCGAGGAGGUGACGCCGCGGAGGAACCAGCCCCAAAAGCCUAAGGCCUUGCCCGAGGAGGCGCUUUCCCGUGCGGCUGUGUUUUUUUUUUUCUCCCUGACCCGGUGACCGCUUGACUGGUUCACCCGCUCGCUCUUAGUGUAACUAGCAUGUUAGCUUGCUAGUUAGCCUGCUAGCAAGAGCAGUGCUUCGGUGCGCGUCGCAGCGGCGUGGCGACCCAGCGACGCUGGAGAACGACUGGGUUGGAUUUAUACCCAGAUAUCGGAAGCUUUUUGGGCUUUAAUUGACUGAGCUGUGCCUCCGUAGUUUUUUUUCUUGGAGGAGAGUCCCGUACGAGUUAGCCCGAUGUGUCUCACUAGCUAACCAGCGCUUACGUGUUGUUGUUGUCACCGCCAAGGUGGACGCUGUCACGCGCACGACCCGUGCGACCGUGUCGGUGGCUCGUGGCUUUCCCGCCGUGGCCGAGCCGAGACGCCAUUUGGAUGCCGAGAGCGAGAGGCUCCAUGCCGGGGAGACGAAGAUAGGAGACGCCGCUGCUCACUUUGACUGACUUCCUCCUCGGGACUGAGAAUAAAUAAAAAAAAGGGGGGCAAAAUGAAGAAGUUUUCCCGGAUGCCGAAGUCUGAAAGCGGGGGGCUCGUAGGGGCGACCGGGUCUGGCUCCGGGCUCGGCGGCUACGUCGGGAAAGUGUUCGCGGUCGGCCGGUAUCAAGUCACCGUGGAGGAGCUGGUCGCUGAGGGAGGUUUCUCUAUGGUCUUCCUGGCUCGUACGCACAGCGGCGUCCGCUGUGCUCUGAAGAGGAUGUACGUCAACAAUGUCCCGGACCUGAACGUCCACAAGCGGGAGAUCACCAUCAUGAAGGAGCUGUCGGGCCAUAAGAACAUCGUGGGUUACCUGGACUCGGCCGUCAAUACCAUGUCGGACAGCGUGUGGGAGGUCCUCAUCCUCAUGGAGUACUGCAAAGCGGGCCAGGUGGUCAAGCAGAUGAACCAGCGUCUCAACGUGGGCUUCAGCGAGGCCGAAGUCCUGCACAUCUUCUGCGACACGUGCGAGGCGGUGGCGCGGCUGCACCAGUGCAAGACUCCCAUCAUCCACCGAGACCUCAAGGUGGAGAACAUCCUCCUGAACGACCAGGGCAGUUACGUGCUGUGCGACUUCGGCAGCGCCACUCAUAAGGUUCUCCAGCCGCAUAAAGACGGCGUGACCGCCGUGGAGGACGAGAUCAAGAAGUACACCACCCUGUCGUACCGGGCCCCGGAGAUGAUUAACUUGUACGCGGGGACGGCCAUCACCACUAAAGCUGAUAUAUGGGCGCUGGGAUGCUUGUUGUACAAGCUGUGUUUCUUCACGCUUCCUUUCGGGGAGAGUCAAGUUGCCAUAUGCGACGGCACCUUUAUCGUUCCAGAUAACUCCAAAUUCUCCCUCAAGCUGCACUGCUUAAUCCGAUAUAUGCUCGAACCAGAUCAGGAGAAGAGACCAGACAUUUACCAAGUGUCCUACUUUGCCUUCAAGUUUGCAGGAAGGGAUUGUCCUGUGCCAAAUAUCUUUAGCUCUGCCAUCCCUACGUCGUUACCUGAGCCCCUAACGGCGAGCGAGGUGGCUGCCAAGAAAAGUAUGACAAAAGCGAGGAUACGAGACUCGGUGGGGCCGACGGAGACCUCCAUCGCCCCCAGACAGAGGCCCAAGGCGGCUAACAGCAACGUCCUGCCGCUGGCCACUGUCACGCCAGUCAAGAUGACCGUGCCUUCCGCGCCGCCUGUCAGCAAUGGUCAGAAAGCUCCCACGCCUGUUUCGGGACAGCCCUCCGUGCAGCCGCAGCCCGGUAGUCAGCAGCACCGAGUCCUGCAGCAGCUGCAGCCGGGCGACCUGCGCCUGCAGCAGCUGCACCACCAACAGCAGCAGCAGCAGCAGCAAGCGCUGCAGCAGCAACACGCCAAUGCACAGCAACUCCAAUACCUCCAGUACCAACAGGCCGUGCAGCAGUCCCUCCAGCAGCAGCAGCAGCAGAUGAUGAUGCAGUCCAUGUACCAGCAGCGAGCCGCCCAGGCCGCCCAGGCCCAGUACGCCGCCAUGCUGCACCAGUACCAACAGGCCUUCGCUCAGCAGCAACAGCAGCAGCAACAGCUCCCCCACUACAUGUCCUCCCCCUUGGAGUUCCAGGUUCCUCUGGGCUCCUACAAUGCAACCACUCCCACUGCAGGGGCAGGCCAGAUGGGGGCACCCUCGCCCGCAGACCCCUCUUACGGCCAUCCUAGAACCCCCCUGCUGGCCUCCGAUGGCGUCACCCCCCCCUCCCAAAGUGGCGGUACAGUCAGUCACCCCCCCGACAUGUCCCGCUGGAACCCCUUUGGGGAGGACAACUUCUCCAAGCUGACGGAGGAGGAGCUCAUCGAUCGGGAGUUUGACCUCCUCAGAGCAAAAAAGCCCGUGGAGAGGAGCGCCAGCCUGGAGGCGGACCGCCUGGCGCCCGCCCCGUCCCGCCCCCUACCGACCGAGGACCUGUUCGGCUCGGUGCCGUUUGUGGCCAGCGCAGGUCCCGACGUGGCGGCGGGCGAUCGGGCGGCCGAAGAAGUCGUCGUCAUUCCGGCUCCGGCGGCUCCGGAGCACAAACCCGGCAGGAAGAGCACAUGCAGGCCGGGCGAAGACUCGGACAGCGACUUCGAGUCCGAUCCUCCUUCGCCGAAAAGCAGCGAGGAAGAGGAGCCGGAGGAGGACGAAGGCCUCAACAGCGAGCACGGCGAUGAUACGGAGCCCGAGAACUUAGGACAGAGACCGCUCUUGAUGGAGUCCGAGGAUGACGAGGACGAAGAAAAGCACAGCUCCGAUUCCGACGGCGAGCGCCGCAAAGUCAGGAACGCCGCCAAGGACGGUCACUCCAGGCGGAGUCGCCAGGAGCGGUCUGAUCCCGAAUCCCUCGGCGGAGUUAAAGCCGUGUCCGCCGUUGACGUUUUUGGCGCGGUUCCCUUCCUCGGCGGCGACUCGCCCGCUCGAGCGUCGCGCAACACGGACAUCUUCGCCCAAGCGCCUUUUCCGCAAGUCGACCCGGAUCAGCGAGCCGCAGACGACUUUGACGUCUUCACCAAAGCGCCGUUCAGUCGCAAUCUGUCCAAGUCCGGCAGGAGCGUUACGGAUAACCCGGCGGAGCAAACCCCGCCCACUUCCCCCGAGGGCAUCGACGUUUUCGGCUUCUCUCCCUUCCAGCCGGGCCCCGCCGUUCCAAUUCCGACCACUUCCAGAAGUGCGGAGGACAUCUUUCGGCCGUCUUUGGAGGAUUCCCCGAGUCCUCAGCAGCAGCGCCUGAAGCAACGCAGCCUCCAGAAGCUGUCGUCCCGCCAGAGGAAGACCAAACAGGAAGCGGCGGGCGUCGGCGGCAGCAAUGGCAAGCGUCAUCACGGGACGCCGACCGGCGGACGCAAGACCGGCAAAGCCACGUUCCGUACACCCGAGCGAGUCCGCAGACACAAGAAGGUCGGUCGGCGGGACUCGCAGAGCAGCAACGAGUUCCUGAGCGCCUCGGACUCCAAGGAGAACAUCAGCGUGGACGUGACCAUCGCCGAGGGGAAGGACGACGGCGCCUCGCUGCAAGCGGACGAGCUCCUGGAUCCGUUCGGAGCCAAACCUUUCCACCCUCAGGACGGCGGCAGGAACGACUUGUCCCGGGAAUGCAAAACCAUGGACGAUUUCGGCGCGGUGCCUUUCACGGAACUGGUGAUCCACGGCGGAUCUCAGCAGCCGGCGGCACCACCGCCGCCGCACGGGGACCUGGACCCGUUUGGCGCCGCGCCUUUUCCUUCCAAGCAGUAACUCGCUUGUCUUCCGUCGGUUUGGGAUCAAUGCACCGUGGAUCAGACCACUUCCUGUUUGAGUCGGGACUUAGUUUUUUUACGCUGCAUCGUGACAAACGUUAGCAAACUGUGAUUCUGAACUGCGACUGUUCCGCUAGCGUCCGCCUUUUUAUUAAUUUAGCACCGCAAAGCCUUACGGGGGUGGGGGGUGCGCCGCGCCUCCGCCUCACUGCACAGAACCUCGGACACUUAGCGGCGCUCGUUCGGGAGUUAACCACUUUUUUUUUAUUUGAUCUUCUCGCCUAUGCACGUCGUCCCUACGCUUUUAUUUCUUUUGACAUUUUUACGCCGGGAAUACCGGAAGGGAUUUAUUGAUUUUUUUUUUUCUUACGUCAAAUCUGUGAAUGGGACGACUUAACAAUUCGGGAAAAACACGUCGGAUUCAACACUUUGUAACGCAUCGUAGCGCUUGACUGUACCGGAGAAGCGUUGAGGCUGAUUGAAUCUUCAAAUAUAUUAUUUGACAAAC